AUGGCUGCAGCGAUUGUCAACGGAAUCCAAAGUCAAGGAUUUGCAGCUUGCGCAAAGCAUUUCGUCUGUAAUGACUCCGAGACUCAGCGGCGCUAUUACAAUGUUGAUGAAUCUUCUCACGGCCGAACCUUGCGGGAAAUUUAUUUGGCUGCUUGGUCAUUUCUGUUGCAGAGAUCAAACCCUGCAGGUGUGAUGACAGCAUACAACAAAGUCAACGGAACCUUUUGCUGUGACAGCAAAGACCUCAUUCAUGAUGUUCUCCGAGGAGAAUGGGAUUACAAAGGCAUUGUCAUGUCUGACUGGUUCGGCACUCGCUCUACUGUUGAAUCCAUGAUGGCUGGCGUGGACGUUGAGAUGCCUGUCCCAAUAUUCAGAGGCCAGAAGCUGAUUACCGCUAUCAAGAAUGGUGAAGUUAGUCAAGAUUGUAUUGAUGCAAGCGUUUCAAGACUUCUUGACCUGCGAAAUCGCACGAAAGGAGCACAGAGUGUAACAUCAAUGACAUCAGAGAUCAUCCCAUCUACCAAUAAUGUGGCUCUGAGACUUGCUCAUGAAGGUAUUGUUCUUCUUAAAAAUGAAAACAAAGCCCUGCCUUUACAGAGUCUCCAUGACCUAAAGGUUGCGGUUGUUGGCGAAUAUGCCAAAAAGGCAGUAUUUACUGGAGGAGGGAGCGCAUCCUGCAACCCUCAAUAUCGCCAGGUUCCACUCGAUCUUUUACGAAAAGCAUUCCCCAGAACGGAAUCUGUAUCGUAUGCUAGUGGUGUUCUUAUGCGUCGCAUCAUCCCGAUCGUGUCACCAGAGAUUAUUACUACAGAUCAAGGCCAGAAAGGGGUUGAGAUCUCUUUUUUCAAUGCUGGGUGCGACCACCCUUUUCUCACUGAAACAUUGGAAAAAGCCACUAUCAACCUCAUGACCCGGACCAAGCCUGGACUUGUGUUGGCUGGCUCCCAUAUCAAAAUGACAGGCAACCUUGUCCCAAAAACGACCGGAACUCACAUACUAGCGCUUCGACACUCGGGAUCUUUUACUGUUGAGGUUGAUGGCAUCACUAUCUUUACAGGCGAUGCACCCGAUAUCACAACUGAGCAAUUUUUGUUUAAUCUUCGCAAGCUUGAGUCACGCAUCGAGGUUCCAAUGGAGGCUGGAAAGUCCUAUCGCAUCUCCGUCAAUAUGAAUUCAAGAAAGCUUGUAGUUGGUGAACCAACCCCACACGGACUUACACUGGCUUUUGAAGAGGAAUAUCACGAAAGCCAAGCUAUACAGGAGGCUGUCGAUGUGGCUAAGUCAUCCGACAUUACUAUUAUCUACGCUGGCCGCAGCGAACAAUGCGAAUCUGAAGGAUUUGACCUCGAAGAAAUCACUCUGCCUUACAACCAAGUCGCCAUGAUUAAAAAAGUCGCUGCGGCCUCGAGGAAGACUGUGGUACUUUUGCAUUGCGGUAAUCCAAUCGAUAUCGACAGCUUUGUUGGCGACGUUGAUGCUUUCGUCAACAUGCAUUUCCCAGGCCAGGAAGGUCCGCAGGCCAUGGUCGAUAUCCUCACUGGAAAGGUUAACCCGAGUGGUCGAUUGACAGCAACCUGGUUCAAGACGCUGCAGGAUUGGCCUAGCUUUGGGAACUUCCCUGCUAAGAAGGACGGUGACGGAUCCUUCGUCAUUAAAUAUGCUGAAGGCUUGUCGAUUGGAUAUCGAGCUCCAGUUCCAGCUGCACAAAUUCAGUUCCCAUUUGGUCACGGAUUGUCUUACACUUCGUUCUCCUAUGCCAAUUUGAGGAUCAAUCUAGACAAGUCAUCGAUGGCUUCUGUCCUGAAGGUUAGCGUUUCCGUGACUAAUAUCGGCAGCGCGUUCGGUAAAAACGUUGUGCAGGUAUAUAUUUCUCCACCGGAACGUACUGUUGAUUGGAGGCCAUCAAGAGAACUCAAGGAAUUUACCAAGAUUAGUCUUUGUCCGGGCGAGACAAAGAACAUAUCUAUCGAUUUGGAUGUCACGACUUUCAACAGUUAUUGGUGUGAGUCCUCGCGUGCGUGGGUUGUCGAUGGGGGAGAGUACAGUGUUGAAGUAGGCAAUCAGCGCAUAGCUUUUGUCAUUUAG